AUGGCCGGGCCGGGCCCCCCCGGGCCCCGCCGCGGCUCGGCCUCGGGCUGGGGGCUGCGCCUCGCCCUCCUGGGGGUCCUGCUGGGGCUGCCCCCGCGGGGCCGGGCGGGGCCGGCAGGGUCCCUGUCCCAUGGAGAGAGGGUCACCCCCCACUGGCUGCUGGGGGGCCGUGCCCGCAGGGCUGUCAGCCUGCAGGAGCAGGUGGUGGCUCCUGCCCGGGCAGAGGUGGCUGUGACAGCUGAGGGCAGAGAGCUCGUGCUGGUGCUGGAGAGGAACCAGCUGCUGGCUCCGGGCUACACGGAGACGCACUACAGCGAGCAGGGCCAGCCCGUGACGGUCACCCCCAACCACACGGAGCACUGCCACUACCACGGGCACGUCCGCGGCCACCGCCGCUCCUGGGUCGUGCUCAGCACCUGCUCGGGAAUACGGGGCCUCAUAGUGCUGAGCAGCAACACCAGCUACUACCUGAGCCCCCUGGGGCCCCCCGAGCCCGGCCUGCAUCUCCUCCAGCGAGCAGAACACCUGCCUGUGCCAGGGGGCACCUGCGGGCACGGCCAGCACCUGGCGAGCACCGUGGCUGGCAUGGUCCAGCUCUUCCAGCCACGGCACACACGGGCCAGAAGGGAUGCCUGGAGGACCAUGAAGUACAUGGAGCUCUUCAUCGUUGCUGAUCACACCCUGUACAGGAACCAGAACCGCAACCUGGGCCACACCAAGCAGCGCAUCGUGGAGAUCGCAAACUACGUGGACAAGUUUUACAGGCUGCUGAACAUCAAGGUGGCCCUGAUCGGGCUGGAGGUGUGGACGGAGCGGGACCAGUGCGCGGUGAGCAGCGACGCCAACGCCACGCUCUGGGCCUUCCUGCAGUGGAAGAAAUCGCUGAGGGCGCGCAAGAGGCACGACAACGCCCAGCUGCUGACAGGGAAGACCUUCGGGGGCACCACCAUCGGGAUGGCCCCGCUGGAGGGGAUGUGCAGCGCCGACAACUCCGGAGGGGUCAGCGUGGACCACGCGGAGCAGCCCAUCGGCGCCGCCGCCACCAUGGCGCACGAGAUCGGCCACAACUUCGGCCUGGUGCAUGACAGCCCGGGCUGCUGCACUGAGGCCACCCCUGAGCAGGGUGGCUGCGUCAUGGCCGCGGCCACUGGGCACCCCUUCCCGCGGGUGUUCAGCUCGUGCAGCAGGAGGCAGCUGGAGAGCUACUUCCAGAAGGGAGGGGGAAUGUGCCUCUUCAACCUGCCCGACACCAAGGACCUGGUGGUGGCACGCAAAUGUGGCAACGGCUUCCGCGAGGAGGGAGAGGACUGCGACUGCGGCGAGGUGGAGGAAUGCACCAACCCCUGCUGCAACGCUCACAACUGCACGCUCAAGGAGGGGGCCCAGUGUGCCCACGGUGACUGCUGCCACAGCUGCAAGCUGAAGGUGGCCGGGACUCUGUGCCGGGAGGCCGCUGGCUCCUGUGACCUGCCCGAGUUCUGCACGGGAGCGUCCCCGUACUGCCCUCCCAACGUGUACCUGCUGGACGGCUCCUCGUGCGCCCAGGGCCAGGCCUACUGCAGCAACGGCAUGUGCAUGACCCACCAGCAGCAGUGUGUGCAGCUCUGGGGGCCAGGAGCGUGGCCAGCCCCUGAUGCCUGCUUCCAGGACGUGAACAUGGCAGGGAACACCUACGGCAACUGUGGCAAGGACAGCCAGGGCCGCUACGUCAAGUGUGACAAGAGGGAUGCCAUGUGUGGGAAGAUCCAGUGCCAGAGCUCUGCCAAGAAGCCUCAGGGCACCAACACGGUGUCCAUCGACACCACCAUCCGCCUCAAGGGCCGCGAGGUCAAGUGCAGGGGCACCUUCGUCUACAGCGCCAAGGACGACCAGGAGGACCUGUCCGACCCAGGGCUGGUGCUGACGGGCACCAAGUGCGGGGAUGGCAUGGUGUGCAAGGACCGGCGGUGCCAGAACGUGUCCCUGUUCGAGCUGGAGAAGUGUGUGUCCCGCUGCCACGGCCACGGGGUGUGCAACAGCAACAAGAACUGUCACUGUGAGCCCGGCUGGGCCCCCCCGUUCUGCGAGAAGCCGGGGCUGGGGGGCAGCGUGGACAGCGGCCCCGUGCAGAACCACGCCCACGAGUCCAUCCUGAUCGCCCUGGUGGUCAUCUCGCUGUUCCUGCUGCCCGCCCUGACGCUCAGCAUCUGCUACUGGUACCGCCAGGAGAACUCCCUGCUGGCCAGGUGGAUCCAGGAGAGCAGGGUCCGGGCCCACGGCGCCUGCAGGAACAAGUCCGUGGGUCGGAAGUCAAGCAGUGCCCAUGCCAAAGCUGCUUUCACCCUGAGGAACAUUUCAGCCUCCAGCCACCCCUCUAAGGGCCCUCGGAGCGCGUUCCUGCCCCGGCCUGCUGCUGCCCAGCCUGGCUCCCAGCCCAUCAACGUGGUGCACCCGCUCCGCCCGGCCCCCCUGGGCAUCCCCCCCCGGCCCAGGGACCCCCGACCCGCCCGGCCCCCACCCCCGGCCGCCAAAUCCCCCCCGGGCCCCUCCAAGGCCGGCGGCGCCCCCCAGGCCAAGCUGCCGCCGCCCAGGAAACCUCUGCCCUGCAGCCCCGUCAGGAGCCCACAGGUGCCCCCCAAGCACGGAGCCCCGCGCCGGCCGCUGCCGGGCAGCCCCCUCCUGGCCAAGGAGCUGCCCCCUGCCCCCGGACAGACCCUGCUGGUCAUGGUCCCUCCCUCCAGCCCCAGGGUGCCCAGCACCAGCACCUCCAGCCCUGCCAUGAGGCCAAUAAAACCGAUGCCACCUCAAAGGCCAGUCCCAGCCAUCAAAGCCCAGUCAACCUCCUUCUCCUCAAAGAAGUGACAGUGCCAGGACACCUGGGACAAUCCCUGACCUCCCUUCCUGAGCUGGCUCUCCUGAUUUGCACUGCUGUGGCCACAGGGCUCUUGUUUUAGUAACCCUUUUGAUACCAGAGGACUAUUUUUGUAAGACAGAAUUUGUAUUCAGCACACAAACUGUAGUGGUGGGGUGAGAGGGGACAUUGGUACACAGCUGGACCAGGGCUGGCUGAGGUGGGAUGUCCAUGAUGGAGAUCCCACCACGGCUGGACCAGGGCUGGCUGAGGUGGAGUGUCCAUGAUGGAGAUCCCACCACGGCUGGACCAGGGCUGGCUGAGGUGGAGUGUCCAUGAUGGAGGUCCCACCACGACUGGACCAGGGCUGGUUGAGGUGGGGUGUCCAUGAUGCAGAUUCCACCGUGGCUCUUGGCACUGCUUCCUGGCCCAUCUCCCUCCCAGCUUCACUUCUCUGGACAUUGCACACGGGCUGGGAGGGGGUGGCUGGGGCAGUGACCAUCCCCACCGAUGGAAGAUGCUGGUGACAGCGUGAUGUCCUUGCAGCUACCUCCUCCUCCUCCUCCAGGCCUGCAGCCCCCAACCUGCAGCUCCACGCUGGGCACCUCUCGGGGGGAUGUUUGCCAUGACAGAACCCUGGUGCCCAGUUUGGGCUGGGCCACGCAGUGCUGGGACAGUUCCAUGAAGGAUCCAAGUUCUCAGGCUCCCCUGACCUCCUGUCCCACUGCACAAGGAAAGGCAGCUCCAGGUGACGAUCCCGGGCUCACCUGGAAGGAGGAACUGUCUGGGAGUGUCUCAACACCAGAAGUGCCCAUGGCAGCUGCUCCCAGGGUGCUCGUGAGGGGCUCAGGAUCCCUCACAGCGCUGCCUGUUCCUGCCAGGCCCAGCAGAGGCUCCAGGAGCUGCUCACACUGCCAGGGGAAGGAGCCAUGAGCAGGAACCAGAGCAGGGAACUCCUGCCUGUGCCGGUGGCUUGUCCCCGCCCUGGCCAAGCCUCUGCAUCUCUCUGUGCCUCAGUGCCCCUCUGGGGGUGUUUCCUACCUCACAGGGCUGUUGUGAGGUGUGACAAAGGGGCUCUCCAGGGCUCCCACCCCUCUGUCCAAGGUGCUGUUGACCUGCACAGUUGGUGCCACUUUCCUGUGACUUGACCUGCAGCUCGAUCAGGGUCUGAGACAACAACAAAGACUUGGAAAAGUCC